AUGACAUCUUUCACUUCCGCUAAACUUUGCUUCCUCCCUUAUUGCCUUGUCAUCUUCUUGUUUGUUUCAUCACCAAAUUGGGUUGCUUUUCCUUCUGCUACUUCUACUUCUCAUACUGAGGCAGAGGCUCUUCUCAAAUGGAAAGCCAGCUUCUUUCCAAAUCAAGCCCUCAAUAACCUCACCUGGUACGACCUUCCCACUCAUAAUAUUAAUGCCACCAAUUCUUCCAGCACCAAUCCAAAACCAAGAACAAGCCCAUGCACUUGGACUGGUGUUUCAUGCAACGCAGUUGGAAGUGUCAGCAAGCUAAACCUUUCCACUUGUGGUAUUCAAGGUACGCUACAUGAGUUUUCAUUCUUGUCCUUCCCUAAUCUUGAAUAUCUUGACCUCAGCUUGAACAGACUCUUUGAUGCCAUCCCACCUCAAAUUAGUAACCUCUCCAAACUCCACUAUCUUCAUCUCUCCCAGAAUCAGUUCUCUGGGAGAAUUCCACCAGAAAUUGGUCUCUUAAGAAAUCUUAAGUUUCUUCAUCUCUCUUGGAAUAACUUGUUGGGGGAAAUUCCUAAAGAGAUAGGCAACCUGAAAUCUCUUGUAUAUCUAGCAUUGUCCUACAACAAUUUAAGUGGUGUCAUCCCUCCAAAUAUUGGUAACUUAAUAAACCUAAAUAAUUUGUACAUGGGUAAAAAUCAACUUUCUGGUUUGAUUCCCAAGGAGAUAGGGAACUUGAAAUCUCUUGUAGAUCUAGGCUUGUACUACAACAGUUUAAGUGGUCUCAUCCCUCCAAAUAUUGGUAACUUAAUAAACCUAAAAACUUUGUACUUGUAUUCCAAUCAACUUUCUGGUUUGAUUCCCAAGGAGAUAGGGAACUUGAAAUCUCUUGUAGAUCUAGAGUUGUCCUAUAACAAUUUAAGUGGUGUCAUCCCUCCAAAUAUUGGUAACUUAAUAAACCUAAACACUUUGUACUUGCAUCACAAUCAACUUUCUGGUUUGAUUCCCAGGGAGAUAGGGAACUUGAAAUCUCUUGUAGAUCUAGAGUUGUGCUCCAACAAUUUAAGUGGUCUCAUCCCUCCAAAUAUUGGUAACUUAAUAAACCUAAACACUUUGUACUUGUAUUCCAAUCAACUUUCUGGUUUGAUUCCCAAGGAGAUAGGAAACUUGAAAUCUCUUGCAAAUCUAGGCUUGUCCAACAACAGUUUAAGUGGUCUCAUCCCUCCAAAUAUUGGUAACUUAAUAAAGCUAAACACUUUGUACUUGAAUGACAAUCAACUUUCUGGUUUGAUUCCCAAAGAGAUAGGGAACUUGAAAUCUCUUGUACAACUAGAUUUGAGCUUUAAUCAACUCAACGGUUCAAUUCCAGCCUCAUUUUCUAACUUGAGCAACUUGGAGAUCUUAUUCCUACGUGAUUACCAACUUUCUGGCUCCAUUCCCCAAGAGUUAGAGAAUCUCAAGAAUUUGAUUCUCCUGAAGUUGGAUACAAACCAAUUGUCUGGUUAUUUGCCUCGAAAUAUCUGCCAAGGUGGAAAACUCACAAACUUGUCAUUACACACAAACUAUUUUACUGGUCCAAUCCCCAAAAGCUUGAAAAAUUGCAAGGCCUUAUCCAGAGUUCGUAUUGAGAAAAACCAAUUGACAAGCAAUAUAUCUGAAGACUUCGGUGUUUAUCCGAAUCUUGAUUUUAUGGAUAUGAGCCACAACAACUUGUAUGGAGAAAUCUCUCACAACUGGGGACAAUGCCCAAAUUUGGAAACCCUGCGAAUGGCAGGAAACAACCUUAUUGGUAGCAUCCCACCUGAGAUAGGCAACGCAACCAAAAUUCAUAUGCUGGACCUUUCUUCAAAUCAUUUAGUUGGGUUGAUCCCAAGAGAAUUCAGGAAGUUGUCUUCGUUGGUGGAGUUGAUGUUGAAUGGAAAUAAACUUUCAGGUUGUAUACCGUCAGAAUUCGGAUCAUUGAAUGAUCUUGAAUAUCUUGACUUGUCAACAAACAAAUUCAAUGAGUCAAUUCCAAGCAUUCUAGGUGACUUGCUCAAAUUGCACUACUUGAAUUUGAGCAACAACAAGUUGGCUCAAGCAAUUCCAUUUAAGUUGGGGAAGUUAGGUCAAUUGAAUUACAUGGAUUUAAGUCAUAACUCUCUUGAAGGUAAGAUACCAUCAGAAAUGGGCAGUAUGCAGAGUUUGGUGACACUUGAUCUUUCCCAUAACAAUCUUUCGGGUUCCAUACCAUCAAGUUUCGAAGAGAUGCGCGGCUUGUUGUACGUUGACAUAUCCUACAAUCACUUGGAAGGUCCUCUUCCCAACAUUAGUGCAUUUCGAAAAGCUCUGCUAGAAAGAUUGAAAGGGAACAAAGGAUUGUGUGGCAAAGUUGGAGCUCUGCUGCCACCCUGCAAUGCACAUGGCUCAAAAAAGGACCACAAGGUUGUAUUCUCUAUUCUAGCAGUAUUUGUACUUCUAUCUGCUCUCUUUAUAAUUGUCUUUGUAAUAGUGCAAAGAAAGAAGAAGCAUCAAGAUACUAAACAAAACCACAUGCAAGGAGAAAUUUCCUUUUCGGUUUUAAAUUUUGAUGGAAAAUUAAUGUAUGAGGAAAUCAUAAGGGCAACAGAAGAUUUUGAUUCCACAUAUUGCAUUGGGAAAGGAGGACAUGGAAGUGUCUACAAAGUGAAUUUGUCAUCUGGAGAUGUAGUGGCUGUGAAGAAACUCCAUCUGCCAUGGGAUAGUGAGAUAGAAUUUCAUAAGGAGUUCUUGAAUGAAGUAAGGGCACUCACUCAGAUAAGACAUCGGAAUAUUGUGAAGCUCUAUGGUUUCUGCGCACAUAAACGACACUCGUUUUUGGUGUAUGAGUAUCUUGAAAGAGGUAGCUUGGCCGCAAUGUUGAGCAAAGAUGCAGAAGCUAAAGAGUUGGGGUGGAGUAAAAGGGUGAAUAUUGUUAAAGGCUUAGCUUAUGCCUUGUCUUACAUGCAUCAUGAUUGCUUGCCAUCGAUUGUACAUCGUGACAUCUCAAGCAAGAACAUUUUGUUAGAUUCUGAAUAUGAGGCCUGUGUUUCAGACUUUGGCACAGCUAAGUUUUUAAAUCCAGACUCAACUAAUUGGACUGCGGCUGUAGGCACACAUGGCUAUAUGGCACCAGAGCUUGCUUACACAAUGGAAGUGAAUGAGAACUGCGAUGUUUAUAGCUUUGGUGUGGUCACAUUGGAAAUAAUUAUGGGAAAGCAUCCUGGAGAUCUUUUCUCGUCUUUGUUAUCAAUCUCUUCAUCCUCCUCCUCCUCAUCAUCAUCCUCAUCAUCAUCUGCAUUAGCAGCCCAUCAAAUACCAAUUGUGGAUGUUUUGGACCAACGCAUUUCCCCUCCUACGCAUCAAGUUGCAAAUGAAGUGGUCUCUCUUGUGAAGAUAGCAUUUUCAUGCUUGAAUUCCAGCCCGAAAUCUCGUCCAACAAUGAAACAAGUUUCUCAUUUCCUCUCAACUCAGAUGCUGCAUUUGUCGAAGUCGGUACAUAUGAUGACAUGUGGUGAAUUGCUUGCUCUUGAUCCUUUGGCUACCUGA